UGGAAGUCUGAGAGUGCAACAGGAAUCCUAUCAAUGUGUCAUCCAUGCCACUAGAGGGCGCUACAGCCAACCAGUGUGACGUCACAGUAUCCGGUGGGGCAUGUUUACUUGUGACAUUACGAUGGCGGCGUCGAGGUUACCGGCAACUACACUCUCUCUAAAACAGUUCUUACAGAGGACGCAAGUUCUGGGGAUUUACAGGAAUAUGUUGAGGACCAUACGACAAGUACCGGAUGAGCGAGACAGAAAGUACCUCAGAGACUGGGCGAGGGAUGAAUUCAAGAGGAAUCGGCAUGCCACAGACCAGGAUGCCAUCCGUAUGAUGAUCACACAAGCGAGCAACCAUCUGAAAGAGCUUCAGGCGUCACUCGCCCUGGCAGGGACCUAAACGCAGAAGAAUGCUGACCGUUUUUUGUGUAAGAAUUUGUGUGGCAGGACCGGACUGAGCUGCUAUGUAUUGUUAAUACAACACAUGUUCUUAACACUAACAAUGUUUAGACCAUUUAUUGUCAUGCAUGUAGAAGAUCCAUUCAUCCAUCCAUUUUCUUCCACAUUGCAGGGCCAACACAGGCUACAUUCACACACUAGGGCCCAUUUAGUGCAAAGAGGAUAAUGUGGGUUGUACGGGCUCCGAGUUCUAAAGUUCAUCCCACUGGUGUUUGACGGUGUCCUGUUGAAGCUCCACUUACCUGAUAUUUUUCAAGCAGCACAGUUGUUCAACACACUCGGCAGCAACAAGUAAGGAUGUCUUUAAUUAUCAAGCCAUUUAUCAUGUCAUGUAUAUAUCUGGGUUCAAAUAGUAACACCUGUGCAUUGCAAAAACUGAAAUCUAAGUACGAUGAAAUAUCUCAAAUAAGGGUGAUAUUUGCUUAUUUUGUGUCUGAUAGGAUCAUUCUUCUCACUAAGCAGAUUUUAUGUUAGUGUUUUACUUGUUUUAAGGGUUUUGGUCCUAAAUGAUGUCAGUAUGAUAUUACAGCUUGUUGCUGGGAUUUGAUGACCUAUAUUGAGUAAAACAUGCUUGAAACUAGAAUAUCAACUGUUGCAAAUCUGUGUCAUCAACACUGACAAGUAUAAAACUACCUUUUCAAAGCAAUAAUUUCUUACUUUGAGCAUGAACAAAAAAAAUCAUGACUUUGACACCAUUGUGUUUCAUAAUAAAAACAGAUGACAGCCAAA